GAACGGCACGCUGAAGGCGGGGCUUCAGGAGCUAAACAGGAAGCAAAUCCGACGAGGGAAAGUGUGAAGUCUUGGCUUUAAAAUGCAGACUAUUCAGGAGUUUUUAUGUGAUGUCGCGUCGACAUGUUAAUCAGGCUAAGGAUGUUUUCUCUAAGCUCUCACAUAUGGCUGCUUUUAUUUAUGGUUUACUUUCUGGACCUGUGUAUAUUUGCAAAAGGGAAAUUAAAUGUGCUGUACAUUAUAGCUGAUGAUCUGAGACCCACUCUGGGUUGCUACUCUGAUCCAGUGGUAAAAUCACCCAACAUUGACCAACUUGCCUCUAAAAGCACCGUAUUCUACAACGCUUUUGCACAGCAAGCAGUAUGUGGCCCAAGCAGGACAUCAUUCCUUACAAGUCGAAGGCCAGACACCACCAGACUGUACGACUUCAACUCCUACUGGAGAGUCAGCGCAGGCAACUACACCACACUUCCUCAGUAUUUCAAAUCCAAUGGCUACAAGACGCUGUCUGUGGGAAAGGUCUUUCAUCCAGGCAUCGCCUCCAAUCACACGGAUGAUUACCCAUACAGCUGGUCUGUACCACCGUAUCAUCCACCCUCUUUCAGCUAUGAAAAGAGGAAGGUUUGCAAGAACAAAGACGGCACGCUUCACAGUAACUUGCUGUGCUCGGUGAACGUUUCUGAGAUGCCUCUGAGAACUCUGCCUGACCUGGAGAACGCAGACGAGGCCGUGAGACUGCUCAAAGCUAUGAAAGAUACAGAGACUCCUUUCUUCCUAGCAGUGGGCUUCUACAAACCUCACAUUCCCUUCAGAAUCCCGACGGAAUAUCUCAAGCUGUAUCCCAUUGAGAACAUGACCCUGGCUACAGACCCAGAUGUUCCUAAGAAGCUUCCAGAAGUGGCCUACAAUCCCUGGACUGACAUCCGGAAGAGGGAGGACGUCCAGGCUCUGAAUGUCAGCUUCCCGUAUGGGCCGAUCCCUAAAGACUUUCAGCUGCGUAUUCGACAGCACUAUUUCGCAGCCGUAUCGUAUGUGGACGCCCAGGUCGGAAAGAUCCUGCAAGCCCUCGAUGAUCUGGACCUGGCCAAGGAGACCAUUGUGGUCUUCUCCUCAGACCACGGCUGGUCCCUCGGCGAACACGGGGAAUGGGCCAAGUACAGCAACUUCGACGUAGCCACCCGUGUGCCGUUAAUAGUGUACGCUCCAGGUGUGACCUCACCUCUGCCUUGGCCCGGGGAGAAAACAUUCUCCUAUGUAAACGUGUUUGAAAACACACAGGAGCGGUUUGACGAAGGCUAUCUGGUGCGCAGCGCCGUGGAGUUAGUUGACGUUUUCCCUACCCUGGCGUCUCUGGCCGGCCUCGCCCCUCUUCACCACUGCCAGUUCCCUUCUUUUAAGAUCGACCUUUGCACCGAGGGUUCGAACCUCGUACAUCUCCUUGGGCGGCAUGAGCACACAGCCAACCAUGAAACGUAUGCCUUCAGCCAGUACCCUCGUCCUAGCGACACUAUCCGGGAAGACUCGGACCUGCCUUCGCUCGCCGAUAUCACCGUAAUGGGUUACUCCGCGCGCACCACUGACUUUCGCUUCACUCUGUGGGUGGGUUUCGACUCCUCUCGCUUCUAUGCCAAUCUGAGUGACGUGCACGCCGGUGAGCUUUACAUCCUCUCCAAAGAUCCGAACGAGGACAACAACCUCUACGACGAACAGGAUCCCGCCAAAGCGACGGUGCUGAAACUGGGCGUACGCCACCCGUGGACGGAAAGCCUCAAGGAGCAUAUGCUGUACUUGAGAAAGACAUUGAAAAAAUCACUUUUUUAAAAAAAAUUCACUCUUGACAAAUUUACAAUUCUGAUAAAGGGAAGAGAAAAUGACCUCCGAGACACAUCUUUUGUUGUGAUUUCAACACUCGGCCAGUUCAUUCAUGUGGUGUUGAACAGAGAUGGAACGUAACACAAAAAGGAGAAAUGCAUUUCAUUUUAACAGACAGCUAUAAAGAUUGAACACUUAUCUGAGAACGGUAGAGAUUUUAGCAGUGCAGCAAAACACUGAUGAUAAAGCAACUAACUUGAUAAAACAUUCAUUUAUAAAAAAACCUCACUCAGAGAUGAACAAUAAUCAAGGUAAGGGAAAUGGUUGAGAGUUAAAUUAGCACCGUUUACUGCUUCUCAUGCCUUCAGUGUUUUAAAGACCACCUCACACCUUUUUUUUUGUUCUUCUCCUUCCUCCUCCAGUUGUCAUUUGCAACACUGUUCACACCGACAAUCCUUUAAUUACUUUCAAUAUCAGAUAUUCAUGUGGAAGCUAAUAAACAUAUAUUUUUCAACC